UUGUGUAAGCACAAUUCCCAUAGCCACGUCAUAUUUGUGUGCCGUGGCUGUCGAUUUGUGCGGUUGUGCGUGAGUCUCUCGUCCAAUACCCCCGUGUUUUAACCACAAAAAUCCCAACAAUUAACCACUGAAUUAUUGGUCCCAGCGUCGAUAGUCCCGCGACAUGAACAUAUUCCGAUUGCUCGGUGAUUUAUCGCAUCUCCUAGCGAUCAUAGUUCUAUUGCUUAAAAUAUGGACUACCAGGAGUUGUGCCGGCAUAAGCGGAAAAUCCCAGAUACUUUUUGCCAUUGUGUACAUCACGAGAUAUCUCGAUCUCUUCACCACCUACAUUUCGGCAUACAACACGUUUAUGAAGUUUAUCUUCAUUAGUGCCUCAGUGGCUACUAUCUUCUUGAUGUAUGUCAAAUUCAAGGCGACCUACGAUCACAAUCAUGACUCGUUCCGGAUUGAAUUUUUGAUAGCCCCAGCUCUGGUUCUCGCCCUUCUCAUCAACCACGAGUUCACCCCCCUGGAGAUCCUCUGGACUUUCAGUAUUUACCUCGAAUCAGUGGCAAUAUUGCCCCAAUUAUUCUUGGUCUCGAAGACUGGUGAAGCCGAGAGUAUUACAAGCCACUACCUCUUCGCCCUUGGCUCAUACCGCGGCCUCUAUCUCCUAAACUGGGUGUAUCGUUACUACGCCGAAGAUCACUACGAUCUCAUUGCCAUUGUCGCGGGUGGUGUACAGACUGUACUGUACUGCGAUUUCUUCUAUUUGUAUAUUACCAAAGUACUCAAGGGCAAGAAACUUCAGUUACCAGCUUAGCCACAAUGAGUGAAUUGAAUAUAAAAUCAUUUAAUUACAUUUAUUUCGUGAAAAAAAAAAUCUCGACAAAAUCAAUUACUGAAUGCAGUUAUUGCUACUACUGACCUGGCACGCCGUUAGAAUCAUCGAGUGAGUGAGGGGAUUGUUCAAGGUCAAUGUCUUGAACCAUUAUAACGAAAAUUCGCACAAGUUUUCAUCUUUUCGCGGGGGGAAAUGAGGAUAGAUCGGCUCGUCAGAGUGAAAUAAAAAAAAAAAUUCUCAAGACAUUUUAUUCAAGAUUCAAAAUUCAUCCGAAUGCAUUUUCCCUGUGCUCUACCUGAGCCAAAUCCCCUUCAAUUUCUCACGUAUCAUCCGAUUUUUUCAUGCAUCCUCUUCCCUCCCUCCAACCUCUUGUAAAUACUUUAGAAACUGGUGGUGAGUGUCUACGGCGAUGGAAAUUUUCAAAUUCAUCGGGAGAAAAAUUUCUUACUGAGAAAAUAACAAAGGCGCGCGUUUAAAGUGUCAAUCACGUCAAUCGAGCGCUUCGCGGGAUGUUGAGAGAGCUGAGGGGAUACGAAUACUUUCGACAUUCUUUUGAACUAUUAGUCACUCAAAUAAAUUCAUUGAGUCAGCAGUCACCUGAGACUCACGAUUGGCCCUAAGAAUUUUAAAAAAUUUCUCGGGGUAUCUGAGGAAAAAUCUCGAAAAUUUAGAGAAAUAAAAGAAUUAUGUAAAUCUCUGUUUUACAGGUUUUGUUUUUUCUCUACUGAAAAAAUGUGGAAAGGAAAAUUUUGCUCUCUUGGGGUUUGAGAUAUUUGGCAUAAAAAAUGUUCCAGAACAACAUUAGGCACGAAAAAAUUUGAUAAAAUAGAGGAAAUUUCCUGUUUCCUAUAAAUUCCCCAGUUUUUCAAAAUAUCCAAUUAAUAUUGACUACUUGAAAUAUUUGGUAGGUAUUGAGCCAAAAAUUGGUGAAUUAUUAUUAUUGAAAAAAUCGAAGGUAUCUGUUUCCCCCACUCUCCUCCAAUAGUAGAUAUUAUUAAUUAAAAGUAAUUAUUAUGGAGUAACUGAAAAAUACACAUACGUUUCUGUCUGCCCGUAAUAUUUAAGUUGUUCUAUUUUUAUUGAAAGUAAUUAAAACAAUGACUACAACGUAAUUGUGUUUUUUAUUAUCUGCAUCGAGAUGACACAUAUUUUAUCAGGUCUGUCAUAUGGAUUGUCUCGUGGAGGGUUGUCAGCUGGCUCCAGACCCUGAUGAGCCCAUUCUGAAGAGUCAUGUCGUCUACGACGACAA